AUGUUGGCGGAAAAGAGAUGUCGUAUGGCUUCGGACGGGGAAUCCAAUAGUAAAAUAUGUAAAUUCAUUCUCAACAUGCUUUACGAAUAUGGAGAUUUCCCAAAUUUAAAUUACUAUCUCAUUCUAUUGUCUAGAAAGCGGGGCCAAUUAAAAGCCACAAUUACAGCCAUGAUUGAUCUUGUCAAGGAGUGGCUACCACAGGUUUCAGAUAUGGAAACAAAGCUCAAGUUGUUUGAAACUCUCGACUCUAUCACAUCCGGAAAGAUAUUCCUGGAGAACCAGCGUGCUGAAAUAACAUUUGCCCUUGCUAAAAUAAAAGAGGGGCAGGGUAAUAUUAGCGAAGCUGCCAAGAUUUUGCAAGAGAUUGAAGUCGAAACAUUUGGAUCACUUACUAGACUUCAAAAGGUGGAGUAUAUUCUGGAACAGAUGCGUAUUCACUUUCUCAAUGAGGACUAUAUUCGCUUUUUCAUAACAAGCAAGAAAAUUAGUGAGAAGACGCUGGAGAAGGAUGAUUUCUGUCAACUAAAACUAAAGUAUUACGAGUUUAUGAUAAAGUACUACCUUCGGGAAAAGAGCUACUUUUUAAUUGCUGAGGCAUUUAAAAGGAGACUGGAAACUCUCUUUGCCAUGGAAGACCCUCAAUGGAUCCAGGAACUCGAAUGUCUGAUCCUCUUCCUCCUCAUUUCUCCAAUGGACGACGAGAGAAAGGCGUUUAUGGAGGAAACGGAAAAGGAGGGCAAGAAGCUAAAGGAGAUACCGCUGUUGGCUGGAUUCCUCAGAGAGUUCAUGUCAGACAACAUGAUACCCUGGCCACCAGCGCCAGAACUCGCUCAGUACUUGGAAAAUCACGUCACCUUCAAGGACGAUCCACUGCCUGGUGGAAAGGAGCGCAUUGAGGCUCUUCGGGACCGUGUUAUUCAGCACAAUGUUCUUAUUGUCAGCAAGUUUUACACGAGAAUAACUCUCCAGAGACUCGCGGAGCUCGUAAACUCGACGGUUGAUAAAUUGGAGGAAGAAGUCUCAAUCAUGGUCUCCAGGAACGCUCUCUACGCCAAGAUUAACCGCCCAGACGGGAUCAUCAAGUUUGGCAAGAGGAAGGAACCAGAGGAUGUACUCGAUGAAUGGUCCAAGAAUAUCGCAGGGUUAAUGGACUUGGUGGACCAGUGUUCUCGGUUGGUCCAGAAGGAGCGAAUGAUUCACGAGGCUCGCGCAAAGCAGAUCGAGUUGGAAAACGCUUUAUCCUGA